AUGACCUCUGCUGGCACCAUGUUCCUUUCGAUCCUCACCAACUGGCUCACAGCCACCACCUUCUCUAAUCCCUCCAGCAACGCACUCCAAUCGCCUCUCUUUGAUCCCGCUAACAAGUUCCCGUGGAUCCAACGCUUCGCCUCAAUCGGCGACUCCUACGCCGCGGGCCUAGGAUCCGGCACACGUCUCGACUGGUCAUGCUCCCGCUACACCUCCUCCUACCCCAACAUCCUACAAACCACACUCCUCGGGCCCAACCCAAACCGCACCCACCAGUUCCUCGCCUGUUCCGGAUCUACCAGCACGGAGAUCUUGGAAACCCAGAUCCCGGCUUUACAAGAUAACCUCGACCUCCUCACCAUCUCCGCCGGCGGCAACGACAUCGGCCUAACACCCAUACUAAGCAACUGCAUCUACCAAUUCUAUCUAUCAGGCGAGGAUGCGUGCCAGACGGCUAUCAAUGAAGCACGAGCUCGGAUAGCAAAUGAAACAGAACUCUACCACAACGUGACCCUCCUCCUCAACGCCGCGAAACCAAAGAUGAACCAAGACCACGGUGUGAUAUACUACACAGGCUACGCAUCCUUCUUCGGCGCCUCAGACUCCACCUGCGACAACGUCACCUGGGCCGUCUGGAAAGACGUCGAAUGGACAAAACAAUACCUCACGCGCGCCCUACGCCAGGAGCUGAACGACAUGGUCCGCGCCGUCAACGCCAUCUUAUUCAAAGCCGUUAGCGACUCUGGUCCAAACGUCCGUUUCAUAGAUUACGACGCGGAGGUUACUGAGGCACGGGGUCGCUACUGCGAACCCCGUGUCCUAGAACCAUCUCCUAAUCGCGCCGGCCUCGUCUUCUACGAAUGGAACACCGUGGAUACGGGGGAGAAUAGAACGGCGCUGCAGAAUAGGACGGGCGGUGAUGUACCGAAGGGGUCGUUUGAGGCGGGGAUUGCGAGGGAUGUUGGUAGGACGGUGGAGGAACAUCCGGGUGGUAUCCACGUCUUCUCCUUCGACUUCUCUCCCUUCGUCGCCAUCCGCAUCGCCAUCUAA